GCUUUGACUUGGCUUUUUCCCUCCCUCCACCCGUGCCGAGUGGCAGUAUGGCGGCCGUCCUUCUCAUGUAGCCUUCCGCCAAAUACGACUCUAUUCUUUGCGCUUGUCUCCAUUUCAACAAAACAAAAACAUGUCGGUCGCUCUUUUCUUGAGAAGCUCCGCGAAGAGGGCGCCGUUCGACGCGUUUCGCCUGGCCGCCGGUGGCUGUUACCACACCGAGAGAGGCGUCUACGGAUACCGACCCAAACGGAGUCACAGGGAGGACAAGUUACUGAACGACCGCCUCGCCAAUUUAAAUCAAGAUCACGGCCUGGCCCGUCUGGUGGAGGCGUACCGAACCCAUGGACACAAGCUGGCCAAAAUUAACCCCCUGCUGCCUCAAAAUCCCGUCGUGGACCGUGUCCCCGAGAUCAGCAUGCUCACAGGGACCCUCAGCGGACGGCUCAACACCUCAGGGCUGCGUCACUUGGGCAAGGCGGAGGCCUCGGCGGAGGAGGUCCAGGCCUACCUGGAGGAGGUCUACUGCGGCCACCUGUCGCUGGAGACCGGUCAGCUGAGCAGCGCCGAGGAGAGGGAGUGGAUGGCCGACCGCUUCGAGGAGCUCAAGACCACCGCCUUCUCCGCGGACGAGAGGAGGACGCUGGCCAAGCUCAUGCUGGAGUCUCAGGAGUUUGACCAUUUCCUGGCCACUAAAUUUUCCACGGUGAAACGUUACGGCGGAGAAGGUGCGGAGAGCAUGAUGGGCUUCUUCCACGAGCUCUUCCGCCGCUCGGCCCAGGGCGGCGUCGACGACAUCGUCAUCGGCAUGCCGCAUCGAGGACGACUCAACCUCCUCACCGGCCUGCUCGAGUUCCCACCAGAGCUGAUGUUCCGCAAGAUGCGGGGCCUUAGCGAGUUCCCCGACACGUCGCCCGCCAUCGGGGACGUCCUGUCCCACCUGACGUCCUCGGUGGACUUGGACUUGGGGUCGGGGCUGUCUCUUCACGUCACCGUGCUGCCCAACCCGUCCCACCUGGAGGCCAUCAACCCCGUGGCUCAGGGCAAGACGCGGGCCAGGCAGCAGCUCCGGAAGGAGGGCGACUACUCGCCCGACGACGACGCCCGGCCGGGGGACCGAGUCGUCUGUUUGCAGGUCCACGGCGACUGCGCUUUCCCCGGCCAGGGGAUCGUUCCGGAAACGUUGACUCUCUCGAACCUUCCUCACUACAGAGUAGGUGGAAGCAUCCACCUCAUUGUCAACAACCAAGUGGGAUAUACCACGCCGUCCGAGAGGGGGAGAUCCUCUCUGUACUGCAGCGACGUCGGCAAGAUGGUGAACUGCGCCGUGAUCCACGUGAGUGGCGACGACGCGGAGGAGGUGGUGCGGGCCACUCGGCUGGCGGCGGAGUACCAGCGGCGCUUCAGGAGGGACGUCAUCCUGGACCUCAUCUGCUACCGGCAGUGGGGCCACAACGAAAUGGACGAGCCUUUUUUCACCAACCCGGCCAUGUACAAGAUCAUCCGCUCCCGCAAGAGCGUCCCCGACUCCUACUCAGACCAGCUGAUCUCCGAGGGCUUGAUGACGGAGGCGGAGCGCAACCGGAUCAAGACGGACUACUACGGCUCUCUCAACGACAAGCUGGCCAACAUGACCGUGUACAGCCCCCCGCCCACCAACCUGCAGGGUCGCUGGGGGGGCCUGGCGCAGCCCCAGGCCCGGGUCACCUCCUGGGACACGGGCGUCGCCGCGCCGCUGCUGCGGUACGUCGGCGCCAAGUCUGUAGACAUCCCUGAGCACAUCCAGCUGCACAGCCACCUCGUCAAGACCCACGUACAGGCCCGACGACAAAAGCUCGAAGAGGGAACCAAACUGGACUGGUCUACGGCAGAGGCCUUGGCUUUCGGCUCACUCCUUUGCCAAGGCUUCAACAUUCGUAUCAGCGGGCAGGAUGUGGGACGCGGCACCUUCAGUCAGCGGCACGCCAUGGUGGUGUGCCAAGACACCAACGACAUGUUCAUUCCUCUCAACCACGUCAGCCCUCAGCAGACGGGGCUCCUGGAGGUGUGCAACAGCCCGCUGUCCGAGGAGGCGGUGCUCGGCUUCGAGUACGGCAUGAGCAUCGCCCAGCCCAAUCUCUUGCCCAUCUGGGAGGCUCAGUUUGGAGAUUUCUUCAAUGGUGCUCAGAUCAUCUUUGACACGUUCAUCUCUGGAGGGGAGGCCAAGUGGCUCCUCCAGUGCGGGAUGGUGAUCCUACUGCCUCACGGCUACGACGGAGCCGGACCCGAACACUCCUCCUGUCGCGUGGAGCGCUUCCUGCAGAUGUGCGACAGUAAGGAGGAGGGCACGGACGGCGACACGGUCAACAUGGCCGUGGUCAACCCGACCACCUCGGCUCAGUACUUCCACCUGCUCAGGCGGCAGAUGAUCCGCAACUUCCGCAAGCCUCUCAUCGUGGUCGGACCCAAGAUGUUGCUUCGAUUUUCCGGGGCCGCGUCCAGCUUGACAGAAAUGGCGCCGGGGACGUCUUUCAAAGCCGUGCUGGGGGAUACGUCGGUCUCACCUGAAAAUGUCCAGAGAGUGGUGCUGUGCUCAGGGAAACACUACUACGCCUUGCAGAAGCAGAGGGACGCCGCAGCCAAGCAGGACUCGGCGCUGAUCCGCUUGGAGGAGCUCUGUCCUUUCCCGCUGGACGCACUCCGCACGGAGCUCAACAAGUACCCCGACGCUAAAGAGUUCAUCUGGAGUCAGGAGGAGCCGCAGAACAUGGGCCCGUGGUCUUUUGUGGCCCCCAGGUUUGAGAAGCAGCUGGCCUGCAAGCUGCGCUUAGUGAGCCGACCCGCUCUGCCCGCCCCCGCCGUGGGCAUCGGUACCCUCCACCGUCAGCAGCAAGAGGCCCUCCUCGCCGCCACCUUCUCUUAAAAAAACAAAAACAGACUUCACACUUUCAGACCCAAUCGGCUGUGAACAACUUUAGACGAAGACUGUGAACAUAAAUCGUGUCUCUACAGGUAGAAGGAGGCGACAAAUUCGUAUGAUUUUAGCAUCCCGCUCAACAUGUUUUGUGUCGGUAAUGGACGCAUCAUCACGUCACACCGCCUCGGGGAAAUUUGACAAUUAAAUCGUUCGUCAUACUGCUGAUGGUGGAAUGAACAAA